AGAGCCAGCCCACGACGUCGGAUGAGACGGUGGUGGCCGGAGGGACCGUGGUGCUCAAGUGCCAGGUGGAGGAUCCCGAUGAUUCCUCGCUCCAGUGGUCCAACCCCGCCCAGCAGACCCUCUACUUCGGGGAGAAACGAGCUCUCCGGGAUAACCGGAUCCAGCUGGAAAAAUCCACCCCCAACGAGCUGACCAUCAGCAUCAGCGACGUGGUGCUGGCGGACGAGGGCGAGUACACCUGCUCCAUCUUCACCAUGCCCGUGCGCACCGCCAAGGCCCUGGUCACCGUGCUGGACGCCAGCCCGGUGCCCUCGGCGUCGGGCACGUACCACGCCGUCAUCGGGGGCGUGGUGGCCGUCAUCGUCUUCCUCCUGCUCAGCCUCCUCAUCGUCCUGGGGCACUACCUGAUCCGGCACAAAG